GUACGCUGGGGAGCGCGAGCGGCACAAGCGGCCGCGGGUCCGACCGACGAGCAAGAAGAUGCACGCCCCGCUCGCUGGAGUGAGCCUCCUCGUGCUCUGCUCCACGGGUUGCAGGGGGAUCGUGACUCCAGACACGGACGUCUAUCCAGAGGCUUGGGUGGCCGGCCAGUUUUCGGGUUUGCUGUCGACGCUGGCGAACGGUUCACAGACAGCCGAGCCCCUGGCGGGAACCGCGUCCUUCCUCUCUCACGCGCCCGGCUUCGGCGUCCCGUCGACCUUCGUGGGGACGAAUGAGGCCCUCAGGGAACGCGAGGUCGAGGAGAAAGUCGACAGGGGCGGCCACCCAGAUGACGGAGGGGCCCCGCCGGCUGCGGGUGGCUUCACCAGAGAGGCUGUGCCGCUCUCGCGCCCUGGGCGCAGUGCCUGGCGAGUGCUGGCUUCGUCUCGGGGAGGUGUUCGCAGCGGCGCUGGCGGGGUCACUUACAAUCACUACGUGAAGGCGGAAAGCCAGGGGCCUGGCCGCCUGGUCGACGGGUUGGUCUCUUUCAGGUGCGACGUGGAGGAGGGCGACAGGGUCCGCUACCAAGGCCUCAGGGACGAAGUCAGCCAGCUCUCCGGCUCGGACUGGGGCGGAUGGCCGCUCUCGGGUCCAGGCGCUGUGCUGGGGCGCUGCAACUACAUCCUGCAGACUGACGGAUACCCCCGGGCCCGCCACUCCCUGUGGAAGAGGGACGUCGGCUUGGGCCCUUGGGAGGUCGUGAUCGCUGAGCUCGAAGGGGCGAUGCGCUGCCUCGAGCACGUCGUGCUCUACGACCAGCUGAACGUGGCGAGGCUCGCUUGCACAGGGUUGCCCUGGGCGCGGGCCCAGCCUUGUGAGCUCAAGCACAAGGAGAAGCUCCUGCUGGUAGACGUCGCCCACGGCUACGAGGCCAACGAGUACAUGCACAUGGUCACGAACGCCACUUGCGUUCAGGUGAGGGUCGGGCCAGUGCUGGAGGAGGACAUCUCCUCGAACCUGCAGAAGGAGGGAUCCCUCUUGAUGGAGAGUUGGGGGCGGAUGGAGCAUCGUGAUCUGAUCAGGCCUUUACGCCAUGCUUCUACGCCCAGCCUGGGUGACGCCAUGGACUACGGGAUCGUGGCCAAGCGGAAGGCUGGAUGCCGUGCGGUCCGCAAGCGAGCCAACGCGAGUAUAAAUUGGCGUUUGUGGGCCAAUGAGACGACGAGGAGCCUCAACCGCAGGUACGGCUGCUCGGACUUCGACUCAGGGCUCCACAAGCCGUCGGCCAGUCAGAUGAAGGUCUUGGAGCGCAUCUCCGAAUUGGUGGCUUCCUCUGGCCCGCCUACUUGCACCUCCGCGGAAGCCUUUCAUGAGCUCUGCGGCGCCCGAGCGGGACCAGGUUACGACAUGGUCGACGCCCCGAAGUCGAGGUACCAGCCAGGUUUGGUCUCGUUGCCCAAGGAGGGCAGCCUGACUGACGGCAGCUCUUGUCUACGCGGAGCUGCACUCGACUUCUGGCGCCGGUGGCACGAGCUCCUCUUGGCGCCCGAGCCGGCCCCCAAUGACAGUGUCCCCGAGAAGCCUCAUUCGGAUGAUGCCCUAAUUCACAACAAGUGGGAAUAUGCUAGAUUAUGCUCAUCAUUGUUUAACGCUAACAUGCUGGAGCUUGGGGACUACGAGGACCCGACAGUCGGCGUCUUCUUUGUUUCAAAGAAGGACCACACUCUCAGACUCAUCCUGGACACGCGGUGCGUCAACAGCCUCUUCGCAAAGCCGAAGCACACGCAUCUUAUUUUUCCUGCCGCUUGGGCAGCCGUGCGCACCAGGGCUGACGCCCCGCUGUAUCUUGCUCAGAUGGACGUCCACAACGCCUUCUUCAGAGUGAGGGCCCCGCCAGGCCUCAGCAGGUUCUUUAGGCUGCCGCCGGUGGGCGCGGAGUCGCUGCGCGCCGUGAACCCGAUGGUGAGCACGGCGGCGAUGUCGGUGGGCUUCACGGAGUCCGACAUGUUGCUGGACAAGCGUGCGAGCCCGAACUUCCGCGAGCUGGGGUCAGAGGCCACGAGGGCGGCCGUCUACGUGGACAACGUCGGCAUCUUCGGACAGGAUAAGCCCAGCGUCGACCUCGAGGCCCACGACGCCUUGGUGGCCUUGGAGCGCGCAGGGCUGGCCUGCAAGGGUGUCGAGCCCGCUGGGGGCCGCCAGGAGUUCACAGGCUUUCUGCUCGACUCCGACUCUGGCACCAUCUUGGUCGCGUCCAAGCGCCGGUGGCGGGUUCGUUUGGCCUGCCUGCACGCGCUGGGACUUGGCCGCAUGACGGG